UUUUUUUGUUUUUGAUAUGUAUGGUAUAAACUUAGAACAAUAUCUCGAAACAUUAGAAGGUCUUCCUUUAGAGAUGAAAAAGAAGUUUACUCAAAUGAGAGAGUUAGACAGAAAAGUUAUUGAUAAUUUGAGAUAUAUAGAGGAUGUAUCACAGUCAUAUAUUUCACAAUUUUCUGGUUUACAUGCCAACGAAAAGACUGAAAAACAGAAGGCAAUUGCAAAAAAAUACAAAAGAUGCAAAGAAAUGUCGGAUUCCAAAAUACAAUUGGCCAUUCAAACUUAUGAAAUGGUUGAUAAACAUAUUCGCCGGUUAGAUGCAGAAUUGGCCAAAUUUGAGGCGAAAUUAAAGCAUAAAGCUGCUAUAAUAAACUUAUCCAAUCAAAAUAAUCUUGCUAUUAAUACAAAUGAUAAUCAUGAUGGAAAUAAAGUCAAUACAAGUGUUAAGCGUAAAUUAUUCCAGAAUAACAUUACUCAAAAUGAUAGCAUUGUCCAAAAAUCAAAUAGUAAAGUCUUAACUAAAUCUGCUGAUUCUAUAAAGAAAAAAAAGAUGAAAGAAAACAAAUUUAUUAUCAAAAGGAGAUUGGAAAUUGAGGAUGAUGAGACACCAAGAAUGAAUUUAAAAGCUACCAAAAACAAAAGGUCGAACAAUAUCAUCUCUUCCCCGUUCGAGCCAUCAUCUUCCAAUUACAACUCUACACCCAACACAUCCUUGGAUAAACUCAACCAAUUUUCCUCCUUGCAUAAAUCGAGUCCAGCUGUGAACGAUUCCCCAACUAACCUACUUCCUUCGACUAGCUCUUUUCCUUCCUUUUCCCACCCCUCUCAAAUUUUGGAUAUGCCCGUCGAUCCAAAUGAACCAACAUAUUGUGUUUGUCAUCAAGUUUCUUAUGGGGAGAUGAUAGGUUGUGAUAACCUUGAUUGCCUCGUGGAAUGGUUUCACUUUGGUUGUGUAGGCUUGACACAUAAACCCAAAGGAAAAUGGUAUUGUCCAACGUGUAGCCUAAUGUUUAACAAAUCCCACAAAAAGAAAACAUCUAGUUAAAUUAUAUUUAUCACCAAAAAUUAAUUAUUUCAUAUAUUAUAAACGAGAAAUUAUAUUAAUUAUGAUUUAUUGUUAUCAGAUUUUUAUUGAUAAAAAAAAAUUCUCAUAAUUUUAUUAUAUUUUAAAUAACAAAGGAAACAGUAUUUUUUGUUUUAAUUUAUAUCAAAUAUUAUACGUAAAAUGUAGUUGGUAUUAUGAUAAAUUGGGAGAUGGAUAUAAAAAUAUUUUUAUUUGAACCAGUGAUGAAGCUUCAUGGGAAGCAUUGCUUACCUUGAAAUUUUCCUACAAAAUUCUUAAAUAA